AUGCUAACGUCGACAAGCUCCGAAGAAUCGUGUGAUAAUCCGUACGAACAAAACAGAAACCACUUUGUUUUGAACGUCGAGUUAAUAGCAGAAUUGACGAUCUCCAGAAUUGCGAAUCGUCGUCGUCGUCAAGCUGACGCUGCUUGCUGCUUGCUAUGGCUGCUGCUGACUGGGGGCUGCUGCUGUUGGGGCUGGCUCUCGGCUGCAAUCGCUCCGCCGUCCGCAGUCGACCAAACGUGCGCUCUCCUCUCCGUGCCCUCAGGCUAUGAGAGUCUAGAGAAGCAGAGCCGUCGAUCGGAUGCAGACGGACACGACGAAAAAGACGCCGGCCAUGGGCCAGGGGACUCACACGUCUCUUAUUCCCUAACACACUCUCAAUUACACAUGUUGUAUCUUGAGGCUGUAUCUUUCUCUUCUUAA